AGAGCUGGCAUGUGCCACCCUGCUGCGCUGGAGAGCGGUGCCCAUGGGGUGUGAGCUGCAGACAGGCUGUGCGCCCGCAUUGCACUAGGGAGGAGGAGAGAAGGAAGGAAGGACUGUGGGAGGAGGAGGCGGCGGGCUGCCAGAUGCUGCCUGGUAUUGUGGAUGUGCUGCGGUGCUCCCCGGAUCUGCUGCUGGUGGAAACCCUUUCUAAUGUGGCAGUGCUGCUGCGCCCCGGCCAGACGCUGAGGGGGCCUGAGCAGGAAGAAGAGCAGUGGAAAUGACUCAAUGAAAAGGAAAUCAUCACCUGACUCAGGACCUUGCUCUGGCUGCUCACAGUAUUCAACAUGGACAGCAAGGAAGAAAAGAAGGAGAGAAGACCAGGCUACUUUGCUAGGUUGAAAAAGAGAAAGAGUUCAAAACAAAAUCCAGAGCUUGCCACGAGUAAUUCACAGGUCGACCCUCCACCCAGCAAAGACAGUCUGAAGGUGAUUCUAGGACAAGUUCCUGAGAAAGUUCCCAGUCUUGAUGAAGAAAAGAAAAAGAAAAAAGGGCAAGCGAAACAACUCCGCCGUAGUGAGAAUAAAAAACAUAGUUCAGGAGAAAUCCCAAAUAACAAAAGUGAGAAAAAAGAGAAAAAAAUGGUUAUGAAGAAACCUUUGGGGACCAUUGAAUAUACAGCAUCUAAUAUGGACACCUUAAACUCUAUAGCACUGAGGUUCAAUAUCACGCCAAACAAACUUGUGGAACUGAACAAGCUCUUUACUCAUACCAUUGUGCCGGGACAGGUUCUUUAUGUUCCAGUCUGUGAAUCUCAUGCCAGUGUGAAAGAUGCCACCACUGGCAUUCUUGCUUCUCCGUUGUCUUCAGAUGCCGAGUAUGAUAAGCUACCAGAUGCAGACAUGGCAAGAAAAGCCUCAAAACCUAUAGAAAGAGUCUUGUCGUCUACUUCUGAAGAAGAGGAGCCCAUUGUCGUGAAGUUUUUGAAAAUGAACUGUAGAUACAUCACAGAUGGGAAGGGUGUUGUUGGCGGAGUCAUGAUAGUCACUCCCAACAACGUCAUGUUUGAUCCCCAUAAAUCUGAUCCACUGGUUAUUGAGAACGGCUGUGAAGAAUAUGGACUUAUUUGUCCCAUGGAAGAAGUAGUAUCUAUUGCACUUUAUAGUGACAUUUCUCACAUGAAGAUUAAAGAUGCAUUGCCAUCCGAUAUACCCAAGGAUCUUUGUCCUCUGUACAGGCCUGGAGAGUGGGAAGAUCUCUCAUCUGAAAAAGACAUCAAUCCAUUCAGCAAGUUCAAACACAAGGGGAAAAGGCAAAAUGGGGUUACUGGUGUAGGCACGGUAGAGAAGACAAAGAUUGCAGAAGUAGCCACUGAACAAGAGCCGGAUACAGAUCCUACACCAGAUGAACUCUCCAAAGUGCAUUUGAAUGUUGAUAAUAUAGUCACAAAAGAGACUGAACAAAAAUCCAUCAUUUUGGAUUCUGAAACCAAAAAAAGUGGUCAGUCUCCAGUAGACGAGCACUUCAUAGAGUUGGUAGAGUCUUUAUCACAGCAGAAUGGUAACAAUGUCUGUGAAGUUUCAGAAGGACAUACACUGACUCUUCUGGUAGAAGGUUCCAAGACGUCAAACUCUGCUUUUCCUAAGGCAGAUUUUAAUUGUAAUGGAACAGUAGAGGUAACCCCAAAGACACAGACUUGUGACCUACUAGCUAGGAUUGAUAUUGCGGAUAUGACUUGUGAAAAAGAAAAUGAUAACGCCAAAAACAUAGAACUUUGCCAGAGUCGGACUGAAGUGAAUAGAUUUGUUCCUUCCGAAUGCGUCAGUGACAAACCACAAGAAAAAGACCCCACUUGCAUCCAGUUGCACUCUAAAGAGAAGAACGAGGAGCCCACGGUAGCUUUAAGUAAUGAGAACGUACAGCAGCAGUCAGGCCAUGCCUCCGAGGAAUCUCCAGAUUCUCUAACACCUUGCUCUCCUGAAGAGAACAGCCAGAAAGAAACUGAAAUGGACAGUGAGUCUGAACUAAAACUGUGGCUUCUGAAAAGAAUGCAGGGACCAAUAGAAGAUAUGUUGCCAUCCAAAGAAGAAAAGAGCAAGAUCCCCCCCAUGUUUCUAUGUAUCAAGGUGGGCAAACCUAUGAGGAAGUCAUUUGCCACUCAAACUAUAGCAAUGGUGCAGCAGUACGCAAGGAAGAGAAAACAACCUGAAUACUGGUUUGCAGUUCCACAAGAAAGGGUGGAUCAUCUGUACACAUUUUUUGUCCAAUGGUCUCCUGAAGUUUAUGGAAAAGAUGCAAAAGAGCAAGGAUUUGUGGUGGUGGAGAAAGAUGAGCUUGAUAUGAUUGACAACUUCUUUAGUGAACCCUCUACUAAAAGCUGGGAGAUCAUCACCGUAGAAGAGGCCAAGCGUCGGAAAAGUACCUGCAGCUAUGAUGAUGAAAAGGAGGGGGAAGAGACACUGGAAGAUUUUCUGCCAGAUUUGAAACAGAAAAGCAAUUUGCUGGAAGACACACACAUUGAAAAGUUGGCCCACAGACUGCCCGCUAGGGUUCAAGGAUAUCCUUGGCAUCUGGUUUACAGUACACAUCAGCAUGGGACCAGCCUGAAGACCUUGUACAGGAACGUAUGUUCUAUAGACAGACCAGUACUCUUGGUAGUCAAAGACAUGGACAACCAGGUAUUCGGGGCAUAUGCAACACACCCUUUCAGGAUCAGUGAUCAUUAUUAUGGCACUGGGGAAACUUUCCUGUUCACCUUCAACCCAGAUUUUAAAGCUUUCAAAUGGAGUGGAGAGAAUUCUUACUUCAUCAAUGGAGAUACCACUUCCUUGGAGCUUGGUGGUGGAGGUGGUCGAUCUGGACUAUGGCUGGACUGUGAUUUGUAUCAUGGACGCAGUAACCCCUGUGCUACAUUCAACAAUGAUAUUUUAUCCAAGAAAGAAGACUUCAUUGUGCAAGAUCUAGAAGUAUGGACCUUUGACUAAACUGAUACUGGACAAUGUGAGAGGAUGUAUAUUUCAGACGUUCAAGAAGAGGAGAUCCAGACAAGACGGGAAAUGGUCAAACGCACUGCUUAAUAAACUGCUUCUAGAAUAUUUUCACUGCUAGGAUUGCACUGAAGAAUCCUUGUUUUUCCAAGAACGCAAUGCCAUUAUCAGCACGUCGUGACUGCUUCUCACAGAUUGUGCAGGACUGGAAAUGAACAGCUGCUUAAAGGGUUUUAUUAUUGACGCUUUGUAUGAAAUUCCAGUGUGAAAUGUCUAAACCUCCACAUAGAGUAGAGAGAACACAAGUCAAAAAGGCUCAUCCACGCUAUAGAAUGAGGCUGUGUAAUGCUGCACAAGAUAGGGAAAAAAGAUGUCACGUAAGGGAACUAUGUUACAUAUGCUCUCCAGGUAUUUGUUGAGAACUACUGCUGACCAUGCAUUUUUAGGCCUCCAUUCAUAGCACUUUUUUUAAGGAUUUUACUUCUAACAUACCUAUUCACAUAUAUUUACACUACAGUGACCAAUUUAUGAUGUAGUCGUUAUGAGGCAAGCGCACUGAGGUCUUGAAUUGUAUUCAAGCAGGGCUCCAUCCCUCCAUGCCACUGCUGCUCAACCAUCAUAGUUUGUGAGAAUUACUGUCUUGCUUAGAAGCUAAGAGCAUGAUAUGGAGCAGAAGGCACUGCAAAUUUUAUAUUUAUUUUAUAUAUCUGUUAUUGGCUGAGAGAUUGUGGACAAAAAAAAGCUUCCUGUGAAAGAGAUGUGAUAUAUGGCCGUUUUUUGUUGCAGAGAUGAGUACUGUAUUGAGGAACGCAGGUCGUUUCUGAAAGCUGCUUAUUUUAUUUUUGUAAUUUUUAAUUUUGUCUUCUACACAUUUUAUUUUUUGUCUUACUUCUUGAAAAGCAAAGUUUUAGUGGAUCUAGUAAAGCGUUGCGUCUGCUAUUGUGAGGGUGGAUUGUGCUGUACUUGAUAUAAUUGUAUGUGUGAUUGCCUGCCAUUUAUCCAAAAUGCCGGGGGGAAUUCCUGUAAUAAAGUGGAUAUCCAGUAU